CACAAUCCCGGAAAAUCUGAAAGUUCCCAGCUUUACAUGAUUCGGAGCUCAAAAUUCAAUCAACUCAAGUUGAAAACUUGAGAGCAAUCAAAUUCCCAGAAUCCCCAAAUUCCAUGGCCUUGAAUUCCUCUCUUCCAUAUCCCAAUUCACCCGCCGCCAUUCCCGUCGUCGCCACCCUCUCUUCCCCUUUCGAAAAGCCGCCUCCGUCCCAAGAUGGGCCCAACGGUUCGACCCGGAAGCCCAAUAGCCUCUGGCCGGGAAUGUACCAGUCGCCUGUGACGAAUGCGCUGUGGGAGGCGGGGUCUAAAAUUUUCGAGAGGUUUUUUCUGGACCCGCCGAAAGAUGCCCCUCCGCAGAGCGAGUUGCUGAACAAAACGCCGUCGCAGAGCAGGACUUCGAUUCUGUACAAUUUCUCGACGGAUUAUAUAUUGCGGGAGCAGUACAGGGAUCCUUGGAACGAGGUCCGAAUUGGGAAGUUGCUUGAAGACCUUGAUGCUUUAGCUGGAACCAUUUCUGUAAAGCACUGUUGUGACAACGAUAGCACAACAAGGCCACUCUUAUUGGUCACGGCAUCUGUUGACAAGAUUGUUCUGAAGAAGCCGAUUAGUGUUGAUAUUGAUCUGAAAAUAGUGGGUGCUGUCAUAUGGGUUGGACGGUCAUCUAUUGAGAUUCAACUAGAAGUUAUUCAGUCAGCAACAGAUGGAUCUGACAUUGCAGACUCAGUAGCUCUUUCAGCAAACUUCAUAUUUGUGGCCCGUGAUUCUAAGACUGGGAAAGCUGCCCCAGUUAAUCGGUUAUCUCCAGAAACUCAAAGAGAAAUAUUGCUUUUCGAGGAAGCGGAAGCCAGAAAUAAUCUGAGGAAAAGAAAGAGAGGAGGAGGAGACAGAAGGGAGUUUGAGAAUGGAGAAUUAAAUAGAGUUAAAACACUGUUGGCUGAGGGAAGGAUCUUCUGUGAUAUGCCUGCUUUGGCAGACAGAGAUAGCAUUCUUCUAAAGGAUACUUGCUUGGAAAACUCAUUGAUCUGCCAACCACAACAGAGAAACAUCCAUGGUCGGAUCUUUGGAGGGUUUUUGAUGCACCGAGCAUUUGAAUUGGCUUUCUCCACCGCUUAUGCCUUUGCAGGCUUGGUGCCUUGCUUUCUAGAAGUCGAUCACGUUGACUUCUUGAAACCUGUGGACGUUGGAGAUUUCCUGCGUUUCAAAUCGUGUGUUCUCUACACAGAAGUUCAGAAUCCCGAUCAACCUCUAAUUAAUAUUGAAGUUGUUGCCCACGUUACCAGGCCUGAACUCAGGUCUACUGAGGUGUCGAACACAUUUUAUUUCACUUUCACCGUACGUCCUGAGGCAAAGGCCACAAAAAAUGGAUUCAGGAUACUGAAUGUGGUUCCGGCAACAGAGGAGGAAGCACGUCAUAUAGUAGAACGCAUGGAUGCUCAAGCCUUCCUUUCAACAAAAGGAGUCAUCAGCAAAUAAACACGACUAUUAAUCAUACGAGACAAUAGGCAGCGAAGAGGCUAAUAACUGUAAGUGACAUGUGAAAAAGCAAAUGUCAAAGAAAGCCUUGAAAAAAGGGACCAUAUUUAUAUCUCUUAUAACCGAAAUUAAGCCUCAUCUGCACCCUAACAGUUGAUAUGUAUUUUAAACAGAAAGGGUGCUAUUUAUCUCGUAAUUACUUAUGUGUAGUGCCUGUUCAAUAAAAUGUGAUAUCAAAUUGCCAUUCAA